CAAAAUAAUUAAUUAAAUAUGUAUGUAAUAUGCUUACCUACAUGUAUAAAUCAAGCAAAUGCGUGUUCUACUUUCUCACUCAUCUCAUCAACAUUAUCUUUUCUCUCUAUUUUUCACGCACAACACACAUUACAUGAAACGACGUGAAGAUACAAUCAUCAACAUUUGAAGCAUCUCACACUAUAUAUACAUUCAUCCCUCAAACACAUUCUCUACACACAAAAAAUUCUUGUCCCAAAACACACACUCUAACAAUGGCCAAAAACCCUCUAAACCAAAACUUGUCAUUCUCUCUCCUCAUAUUCCUCCUCCUCCUCCUCCAUUUAACGGAGUCGCGGCCUCCGUUCGCCUGUGACCCUAACAACGGCGCCACCAAGAACUUGCCGUUUUGUAGAGCGUCGUUGCAUAUAAGAGAUAGGGUUAGGGAUUUGAUCGGAAGGCUCACUUUGCAAGAGAAAAUAAGAAUGCUAGUGAACAAUGCCGCGCCGGUGGAGCGGCUCGGGAUCUCCGGCUACGAGUGGUGGUCGGAGGCGCUCCACGGCGUCUCCAACACCGGCCCUGGCGUCAAGUUCGGCGGUGAGUUCCCUGGCGCCACCAGUUUCCCUCAAGUCAUCACCACCGCCGCCUCCUACAACGCCUCAUUGUGGGAGGCCAUUGGUCAGGUGGUGUCAGAUGAAGCACGAGCAAUGUACAACGGAGGUCGAGCGGGGCUGAGCUAUUGGAGCCCAAACGUGAACAUAUUCAGGGAUCCUCGGUGGGGCAGAGGGCAGGAGACGCCGGGCGAGGACCCCGCCUUGGCGGCUAAGUAUGCCGCCAGCUACGUCAAGGGGCUGCAGGGCAACGCUGCCGGAAACCGCCUCAAGGUGGCCGCCUGUUGCAAGCACUACACCGCCUAUGAUCUUGAUUUUUGGAAUGGCGUCGAUCGCUUCCAUUUUAAUGCCAAGGUGAGCAAGCAGGAUUUGGAGGAAACAUACAAUGUGCCGUUCAAAGCAUGUGUGUUUGAAGGGAAAGUGGCAAGUGUGAUGUGCUCCUACAACCAAGUUAAUGGCAAGCCCACUUGUGCAGACCCUUCUCUCCUACGCGACACUAUUCGCGGCCAAUGGCGCCUCAACGGCUACAUUGUUUCCGACUGCGACUCAGUUGAUGUUCUAUACAACAGUCAACAUUACACAUCCACCCCUGAAGAUGCAGCAGCUGCUUCGAUUAAAGCAGGCUUGGACUUGGAUUGCGGGCCUUUCCUUGCGCUCCACACAGAGGGAGCCAUACGGGCCAAUAAAUUAAAUGAGAUGGACGUAAACCGGGCCCUCGGGAAUUUACUCACAGUCCAAAUGCGUUUGGGAAUGUUUGACGGGCCUAGACAGCCAUAUGCUUAUUUGGGCCCCAGAGAUGUCUGCACCCCGGCCCAUCAACACUUGGCCCUUGAAGCCGCCCGCCAAGGAAUUGUUUUGCUGCAAAAUCGUAACGGAGCCUUGCCGUUUUCACCCGCUCGCUAUCGGACCGUCGCUGUGAUCGGGCCCAACUCCGACGUCACGGACACCAUGAUAGGCAACUAUGCUGGAGUUCCGUGUGGCUAUACUACUGCAUUACAAGGUAUAUCAAAAUAUGCUAGGACGAUUCAUGAAAAUGGAUGCGCUCCAGUGAGUUGCCCCGAUAAUACUCGAUUUGGACCUGCCGAGGUCGCCGCUCGUCAAGCGGACGCGACGGUGUUGGUGAUGGGCCUUAGCCAAUCGAUCGAGCGUGAAUUCCUCGAUCGACGCGGGCUUCUUUUACCGGGUCACCAACAAGAGCUUGUGUCAAGGGUGGCCAAGGCCUCCAAAGGCCCAGUUGUGUUGGUCUUAAUGUCUGGGGGCCCAAUCGAUGUUACAUUUGCUAAAAAUGACCCAAAAAUUGCUGCUAUUAUAUGGGCUGGGUAUCCGGGCCAAGCUGGAGGUGCUGCGAUUGCUGAUGUUAUAUUUGGGACGACCAAUCCAGGGGGGAAGUUGCCUAUGACAUGGUACCCUGAAGAUUAUUUAGCCAAGGUGCCCAUGACGGAUAUGUCGAUGCACGCUGACCCUACAAGAGGGUAUCCGGGUCGGACAUACCGAUUUUACAGGGGUCCAACUGUUUUUUCAUUUGGGUUUGGGCUAAGUUACACCAAGUUUAGAGAAACAUUAGCCCAUGGCCCAACAAAAGUGUUUGUCCCUUACACAAGCUCAAAAAUUUUGAAGAACAACACACUGCUAAUGAGUAAUGGCAUUAGGGUUUCGAACACAAAUUGCGAUGCUCUAAACUUAGGGUUUCAUGUUGAUGUUGAGAAUGCCGGAGAUAUGGACGGGACCCACACUAUGAUGCUAUUUGCAUCCUCCCCAUCUAUGGGGGAGGAGAAACGUUUGGUGGCAUUCGAGAAGGUUCAUGUGGUGGCCGGAGCUAAAGAAAGCGUAAAAAUUAACCUCCAUCCGUGCACUCAUUUAAGCGUUGUGGACCAAUUUGGGAUCCGAAGGAUUCCAAUGGGUGAACAUACUCUACACUUUGGUGAAGCUCUCAAACAUAACAUUCUACUCCAUAAUGAUUUGGAGGAAAUCAAGUAUUAAUAAAUUCCCUACAUAUUGUUAAACCAAAUGUCAACCAUUAUUACAUUUCAAUACAAUAGUUUGCAAGUGUAAAAAAAUGUAUUGGGUGUUUAUUAUCAAGGAAAUUAAUAUUGCUUGGCUAUUUUAUA